AUGUGAGCUGGAUGAAUUUACAAUGAGUGGCACUUCCUCGUGUUCUUUGACUUCACUGUAUGGGCGGGAGGUGUUCCAUUGGUAACUUCUUCUCGCUCUCUUCUGUUUCAUUAUUCGGCCGGAUGAAAUAUCAUCGGCUACCUUUCUCACUCUCGUCUUCGGUAAUGUCGACCAAAUUUCUUCUAGGUUCAUAACAGUCAUGCAAGAAUAUCCUAAAGUAAACCCCGCGUAUUUAAUCGAGUGCGAACACACACCGUAUGUCUUACUCAAGCAUCCUAAGAAUAAAAUAGUUAUCGCUUUCACACUGGAGGGUGUCAUUAUCCUUUUCAUGGGUAUUUUCACACUUAUGGAUCAAAUCGGCUUUACAUUAGACUAUCCCCUGCAAAAACUACUAAAUUUCUUAACCAUAGUCGCAACCAUCUACCUCUACUACGCAAGAUCAAGUCAUCUGGCCAGUGUACCAAAGUCCACCGCCUAUUUACACUCACUUGACAUAUAUUUACGAUCUGAAAAGAUAGAUAUGACUAAAUUGGAUUACUAUGCGGAUAUUCUCAAUUAUGUGGCCUCUAUGGACUUCUGUCACGCUUUCCCUCGCCACAUAUACUGCGCCUCACGUUAUAGUUUAUACUUUUUUGUUGCAAUAUCAAUUCUUUAUCACUCUAUAAUUGCCAAGUUCCGCGACCCGAUGUGGGUAUUUAGGUUAUUACUCCAGGGUGUUAUGAUUAUACCAAUGUACCAGCUUAACAAUAACAACUACUACAACUACCACGAUCCAGUUAUAUCAGGGACCCGCGGUAUACCAUCACAUGAAUUCUUUAAAGCUCGGAACCCUAACUAUGCUUGUGGCUUAUCUGGAAUCGAUAAUAAAGGUAUCAGUCAUUACCCGCUAACACCUUCUCUUCUAAGCAAGAUACCACAAGUUUCAGCGGAAGCAGCGCCGACUCAGCAAUACAUGCAUGUCUGUGAAAAUAUGUAUCAUGGAACUGUGGAUGGACUGAUCCACCUUAACGAAUUAAAAAAGGAUACUCUUCUAGCGGGGCUGUUGAGCGGCUUUACCAUGGGUGUUGUACGCGGAGAUGUUCAAGAUGACCUCUCCAAACCGGCACAACAUUCGAACCCUCACACCAUUACAGUAAAAUAAGGCGAGGAAGUGAUUGCCGAUCUCUCCUGAGAUGAGCACUUUGCUUCGAGAAAUGUUGGGAAUUUGGAUACAGGUGCUGAACAUACAGCGCCAUUUAGCCAUAUAAUCUUCUCCAAGAUAAUAUUUCUGUACAAAAUUUAUUCCCAUUACUACAAUUACCACGAUCCAAUUGUAUCGGGGACUCGAGGUAUACCGUCACAUGAAUUCUUAAAAGCUCGGAACCGUGACUAUGCUUGUGGCUUAUCUGGAAUCGAUAAUAAAGGUAUCAGUCAUUACCCGCUAACACCUUCUCUUCUAAGCAAGAUACCACAAGUUUCAGCGGAAGCAGCGCCGACUCAACGAUACAUACAGAUCUGCGAAAAUUUAUAUCAUGGAACUGUGGAUGGGCCGACCCACCUCAACGAAUUACCAAAAGACACUCUU